CGUGAGGAUGUUGCUUCUAGAAGCCAAGGAACGAAAAGAGGGUCAGCAAACCACCAGAAGCAAGGAGAGAGGCCUGGAACACAUUCUCCCUCAUGGCUUUCAGAAACAAUUAACUCUGCCAACAUCUUGACCCUGGAUUUCUAGCCUCCAGAACUGCAUUGCCUUCAGCCAGGCUGAGCGCUGGAGAACUCUAAGGAGGUUUGCCCUGACCACUCUCUGGGACCUGGGCCUGGGGAGGUGAAGCCUGGAAGAGAGGAUCCAGGAGGAGGUGGGCUGCCUGGAGGAGGAGUUGAAGAAGAUGUGUGACACACCCUUCAACCCCACCUUCCUGAUUUGCCGCUCCAUCUCCAACAUCAUCUACUCUGUGAUCUUUGGUCAUCGUGUUGACUACCAGGAUGAAGACUGCGAGAUGUUCUUAGGGCUGCUAGCUGAAAACCUGAAGCUGGUGGACACUUUUUGGGUGCAGGAUGAAGACAAGCAGCACGUCCCUCACGUAUGGACUCCUGAUCCUCCGGAAAAACCCACAGGUUACAGGGAGCCGAGCAUGCCCCGGAGAGUCUCUGGCCCGGACUGAGCUCUUUCUCUACCUGACGUGGCUACUACAGCGCUUCUCACCCACCUCGCCUCUGCCUCCUGCGGCUCUGGACCUGCAGCCCUAGAACAGCGGCUUUGGGAAGCAGCCACCACCUUUCCAGCUCAUCUUACAACCACGACACCUCCUGCAGAGCCAAGCCCACCUCCUAUACUGAGCACCAAUUUCCUGGCUGGGACCCUAUGCCUUCCUUCCAUUGUCUAGCCUCAGUUUCCCUACA